UUAGGGUUUUUUUUUUUUUCUUUCGAAUUCCAACUAAAGACCUGAAUAAUGUCGUUAAAGGAUGAUCGGAAGAAGCGGCCUAAAAUGGAGUAUACAGAUGGUACUCAUCCAGAUCAGUCCAACGAUCAAAACUAUAUCCAGCGCAGAGUUCUUCGUUCCGGAUAUCUCUCUAUUCAGAGUUACAUUCGUGAUAGGAGCGAUGAGAUAGCAGCUGCUAGUUCAAAUAAAUUCAUCUCCAUUAUUGACGAAGUAGACGAAAUGCACCAUCUAGUCAAUAAACCUAGAGAGCAAGUGUCGGAUGCGGAGGCACUACGAGACCUAGCCAACACACUGGUGGCUUCCAUUAGGGUGCAUAGCACAGGAAGUGUAACUCCGUCACUAUUUGUUUCAAGCUUGAUCAGUCAAUUUGGGAAGAAGGAAAGUACAGAAAUUACUGAAACUGCUCAAAUUCAGUGGAAAGAUAUCGGGUUGCAUGCUUCUCAUCCACUUUUCAUGACUUUUCAGGGUUCCUGCACCAUGAUUGGGCCCAUGAAGCAAGAUGUUAAACCACCAAAAAUUCUAGUGAAACGAAAACGAUCAAGGUCAUCUGUGAAGGAAGAGAAGGUGAAACCAGAAGAGAUUGAGGAGACAGUCUCUAAAGAGAAGACAAACACUGAGAAAAUCAUUGCAUCAAUGUUUGACAUCCUCAAAACCAACACUAAUGUUUGUCUUGAAAACAUUAUCCUAAACAGAGUCUCAUUUGCACAGACUGUGGAGAACUUGUUUGCCUUGUCUUUCUUGGUGAAAGAUGGGAGAGUUAUGAUUACAGUGAAUGAGAAAGGCUCUCAUUAUGUUUCACCACGAAAUGCUCCUUCUGCUGGCAUGAUGUCUUCAGGGAAAGUGGCAUACUCUCACUUCGUUUUUAAGUUUGACUUCAACGACUGGAAGUUGAUGAAGGAUUUAGUAGCUGGAGGUUCUGAGCUGAUGCCACAUAGGACCAAGAUUGAUUCUUGUGGUGGUUGUGAAUCAGAACCAGAUCUGAAAAGAAACAAUCACCCAACUACAAAUAUCACCACACAAAAGGUAUCAAGAAAUCAAGAAGGGUCUCCUGAAAUUGGAAGUAAGUGGCGUCCUAUAUGUGUUUAAUUUGUUGGAAGAUUGUGUUUUUGUGGGCUCUUUUUGUAUAGGGGUAUAUGUGUUUUGGUAGUAAAUGUUAAGGUAUGAAUUAUGAAACACUAAUCUAAAUGUUUUGGGUUAUACAGAUAGGUAGAUGUUUAUAUAUUAGCCCACUUAACUGUAUUACAUUGCUUUUGCCUGAUUUACUUAUUGCUGUAAUUCUCUUG